GAUUGAGAACCAGACUAGUAGGCAAAACAAUAUUGCGGUCGGAUCGUUUCACGUUUUCCCGGAGGAAGGAUCCGAAAAUUUAAAAAUAUAUAUAAAAUUGAAUACAGUGCAAAAUGUCGUUAGACUUAAAAAACGAGUCGGAUGUUAAGCAGUACCUGGAGAAUCUGGGAAUUGAGUAUCGAUUCGGAUGCUAUUCGGAGAAAAAACCAGAAGUGUGCCACCUUCUAGGUGAUUAUCUGGAGGGAAUCAAAAAGGACUUCGAUAAAGCUGCCAAAGUAUAUCGGUCCAACUGCGACGACUAUGGCUUUGCGAAGAGCUGUCUCAAGUACGGAAACUAUAGCUUUCUAGGAAAGGGGCGUGCAUCGGACAAAGGUGAUCCUGUUAAGGCAUUCCGCUAUUACGAAAAGGGGUGCGAACUGAACGACCCGGAUGCGUGCUUACAUUCCGGAUUGCUGUUGGUUUCGAAGUCCAUUCCUAAGGAUAUGAAGCGGGAUGUGCCGAAGGCGUUUGAAUACCUGAAAAAGGCUUGCAGUAUGAACAACGCCAAUGCCUGCUUCUACUUGUCCGGGAUGCACAUUUCCGGAGUCCUCAGAGACGAGUUCAAUACGGCCAAGGUGAAGGAAGAGCUGGAACAGAAGGAGAAAGCCGCCCCCGGUAAGAGCGGAUCAUCGCUUCCAGCGGGGGCGUAUGUCGUGGAAAGAGACAUGCAUAAGGCCUUCGAGUUUGCCUACAAAGCGUGCGAGCUGCGGAAUAUGUAUGCCUGUGCCAAUCUUAGUCAGAUGUAUGCCAACGGUGACGGAACAGCCAAGGAUGAGAAGAAAGCGGAGAAGUACAAACAAAUGGCAAUGGAGAUGCAGGACGAGAUCAAGAAACAGCAGCAGCUCAAUUUCCAGCAAGGUCUUAAUGCGUCCUAAAAUGAGCAACUGUUUUAAUGGCAUGUAGCUGACUUGUAGACUAGACAGAAACACAAAGGCAUUCAUGUUGGCAAAGCUAUCCUUUAUGUUUUUUAAUUUGUAUCAUAAAUAUAUUAUUAUCGAAAUCGUCGGAAGGUGCAUACUGAGAAAAGUGACUGUAGGAAUGGAACUAACUAAAAAUUGACGGUUGUCCAGACUCAAUGGAAUAACCUUAAUAAAAACGUAGAACAGUUUGAAAAA